GACGUGGCCCGGCUGCCGGGGCCGGCGGAGCGCGGCGAGCCACCGCGGGCAGGGGGCGGCUCCGCGGAGGACGGUGGCGGGCCAGCGCGGGGACACCGAUGCUCGCACCCCCCUGCCUCGGGCAACGCUUCCAAGGUGGCGACAGACAAGGUUGCAGGGAAGCUGAGCUCUACUCUCUCAUGGGUGAAGAACACUGUAUCGCACACCGUCAGUCAAAUGGCCAGUCAGGUGGCAAGUCCAUCUGCCUCAUUACACACUACAUCAUCUUCUACCACUCUAUCUACACCCGCAUUAUCGCCAUCCUCACCAACACAGCUGAGUCCAGAUGACUUAGAAUUGCUUGCUAAACUUGAGGAACAGAACAGACUCUUAGAAACAGAUAGCAAAUCUUUGCGAUCAGUAAAUGGGUCAAGAAGAAAUAGUGGAUCUUCUCUUGUGUCUAGUUCAUCAGCUUCUAGCAAUCUCAGCCAUCUUGAAGAAGACUCAUGGAUCCUAUGGGGGAGGAUUGUGAAUGAAUGGGAAGAUGUACGGAAAAAGAAGGAAAAGCAAGUUAAGGAGCUUGUUCGAAAAGGGAUACCUCAUCAUUUCAGAGCAAUUGUUUGGCAGCUUUUAUGCAGUGCUCAAAGCAUGCCAAUUAAGGACCAGUAUUCAGAGCUUCUGAAAAUGACAUCUCCUUGUGAGAAAUUAAUAAGAAGGGACAUUGCUAGAACAUACCCUGAGCAUGAUUUUUUUAAAGAAAAAGACAGCCUUGGGCAAGAGGUCUUGUUCAAUGUAAUGAAGGCUUAUUCUUUGGUGGAUCGUGAAGUUGGAUACUGUCAAGGAAGUGCUUUUAUAGUUGGAUUACUGCUUAUGCAGAUGCCAGAAGAAGAGGCGUUCUGUGUGUUUGUUAAACUAAUGCAAGAUUACAGACUACGAGAGCUUUUCAAACCAAGCAUGGCUGAACUGGGCCUCUGUAUGUACCAGUUUGAAUGCAUGAUACAGGAGCAUCUUCCAGAGCUUUAUGUGCACUUUCAGUCUCAGAGCUUCCACACUUCUAUGUAUGCGUCGUCAUGGUUUUUAACUAUAUUUCUUACCACUUUUCCACUACCAAUUGCAACAAGAAUAUUUGAUAUCUUUAUGUCUGAGGGUUUAGAGAUAGUAUUUCGAGUAGGUUUAGCAGUACUGCAGAUGAACCAAGCAGAAUUACUGCAACUUGAUAUGGAAGGAAUGUUACAGCACUUUCAAAAGGUCAUUCCGCAUCAGUUUGACAGCGGUCCGGACAAAUUAAUCCAAGCAUCUUACCAAGUCAAAUACAAUGCAAAAAAGAUGAAAAAGUUAGAGAAGGAAUACACUACCAUAAAGACAAAAGAAAUGGAGGAACAAGUUGAAAUUAAACCAGUUCCGUCAGAAAAGAGGUUACGAACUGAAAACAGACUCCUGAAACAGCGCAUUGAAACACUAGAAAAAGAAAGUGCUUCCUUGGCAGAUAGAUUGAUACAGGGACAAGUGACAAGGGCCCAGGAGGCUGAGGAAAACUAUCUCGUAAAACGGGAGCUGGCCACCAUCAAACAGCAGAGUGAUGAGGCCAUUACUAAACUGGAGCAAGCUGAGAAUACCAUCAGGGAGCUCCAACAGCAGCAGCAAUGGCAUAAAUGCAGUUCACGAUACAGUGAAGACUUUGUGCUACAGCUGGAAAAAGAGCUGGUUCAAGCCAGGCUGAGUGAAGCAGAAUCCCAUUGUGCCCUGAAGGAGAUGCAAGAUAAAGUUCUAGAGAUGGAAAAGAGGAACAGCACUCUACCUGAUGAGGAAAAUGUUGCUAGGCUACAUGAAGAACUGAUUGCAGUAAAAUUAAGAGAAACAGAAGCUCUGACAGGUCUGAAAGAACUAAGGCAGCAAGUCAAAGAUUUGGAAGAACACUGGCAGCGUCAUCUGGCUCGCACCACUGGAAGAUGGAAAGAUCCUCCCAGAAAAAAUGCAGUGAAUGAGCUACAGGAUGAGCUCAUGACAGUUCGACUGAGAGAAGCAGAAACUCAGGCUGAACUGAAAGAGACCAAACAAAGAAUGAUGGAGAUGGAAACACAGAGUCAGAUCAAUAGUAACCAUCUACGAAGGGCAGAGCAAGAGGUUAGCAACUUACAGGGGAAGGUACAGUAUCUGUCUGCACAGAAUAAAGGACUUCUUGCUCAGUUGAAUGAAGCAAAACGUAGACAAGCAGAGAUUGAAUGCAAGAGUAAAGAAGAGGUGAUGGCAGUGCGACUCCGUGAGGCAGACCGCAUCGCAGCUGUGGCUGAACUCCAGCAGCAUAUUGCUGAAUUAGAAAUCCAGAAAGAAGAAGGGAAAAUUCAAGGGCAGCUUAAUAAAUCUGAUUCUAACCAGUACAUCAGAGAACUGAAAGAUCAGAUAGCUGAGCUGCAUCAUGAGAUCAAAUGUCUAAAAGGCCAGAGAGACUUCUCAGACCAACCCACUUUUGAUGGGAUUCACAUCGUCAACCAUUUCACAGGAGAUGAUGAAUCAUUUCAUUCUUCUGAUGAAGAUUUUAUAACUAACUCCAUACAGGAGAGUGGGGUGAACUUUCAUCUGCACAGGAGGACUGGUCAGAUGGCUUUGGAUUGCACAGUCGUGGACAGCAGUGACAGUGAUACUGAGGAAAGUGCCCUUCAGAGUGGAAAUUCAGACAAGAUGGUUUCCAAGCAGAGGAGAACGGAAUCUUACUCUACUACUGUGUGAUUUUCACUGUGACUAGAUUUGAAGACUUACAUAUUUCUUCAAGGGUGAAGUUGUCAGAUAAUGGUAACUAUCCAGCAGCUGGUAUAGGUAGCUACUGAAUCUGGUCUGGACAGUGCUAAUUAAGAUGUGCCGUCAAUCUGCCUUCUCUCGUUGCCAAAUCUUGCUAAUGCCAUAGCAUUGCCAUAAAACAGGCUGGGAAGAAGUUGAUGGAUGACAGUUCUGACAGUAUUACUGAAUGUUCCUUGGUUUAGAAACUGCAAACAUACCAUUUCUUUAAUGCAUAAGAAGCAUUCUUGCUUUUCACAAAGGAAUUACUUUCCUCAAAAGAAAUUGCUCUUGUGCAAUAUUUUAUGCUCUGAACAAAUGUGUUUUACAUUGUUACCUGUUUGUGAUCAAGAUGGACCCUGGUAAACCAUCUGAUCAUGACACAUGUGUGUAUAUAUAUAUACUUAUGCUUCUCAGUUACUUUUGUUUUUACUGAAGUUAUUGGAUGCCCACAAAAGGCUUGAAAGGGGAGCCUUUAUCUGUACUACUUCAUAUAUGCAAAUAAUGGUCACUAAUGUCAUAAAGGUAUUUUCCACCAUUUUCACUUAGAUUCUGUGUGCAUCUGCUUUUGAUGUCGCUAAAAUAAUACCUGGUCUGAAUAUAUGAAUUACAAUAAUGUUUAUUUUGUACAUAUUUAUGUAUCUACAUCAAACAGAAAAUGUACAUGACACCAUUUUAUAUGAAGAAUGUAAAUGUUGCAAUAUUACUGUGUUGGGUAUUCUAACAGGAGAAUGAAUUCUGUAUAUACACACUAGAAAUUAAUUACUAAAUAAAGGCAAAACACUAACUUUAAGUUUCAGCCUAGCUCCACUAACAGGCUCAUGUCAGAAAUGCUUGUUCAAAACACUAUUUACUGACAUCCUUUACCUUCAUAUAUAUGUAAUGAAAAUAAAUUUUUCAUGAUUUAACAAGGUUGCAGCAUUUACUGUUUACUCACUUCUAAGCUACAGCCCUUGGUUACCACAUAGUUACUUACUGGCUGUAGAUUAGAGUGACAGUUCAAAUAAGGUGAAAGAUUACUCCUGUCUUACUGGUAGCUUUGAUGAAGGCAUGGUCAGUGCAGUGUGUGAGCUCAGUCAUCUUACGGUUUUAUACUGCAGAGCUAAGGAAAAAGUUAUUGGUCCUGUCACUAAACAGCCGUGAAUCCCAAAAGCAGUAACAGGUGAGCAUUCUGCUUCAUGCUCUCCUGAAAACCAAGAUCCAGUAAAAUGACCCUAGCUUCUUGUAGAGAACAAGAAAUUCUUCUGUUGUCAUCUCAGCCACAUUCUAAUCAGGAAUAUCCUUAAUGGCAGCUAUUAUUGCCGUCUUGUGCAAUUAAACACCCUUUAAGACUUUGUUGUUUAAUACAACAUCUUUGCAACUGUUGUAUUAGUACAAACUGUUGAAUACAACAUGUUUGCAACUGUCAUACUGAUAGAAGACCAAAAGACCACCCCCAGGUGCUAUUUGGUACCGGUAGUCAGCACCUAUUGACCAUCUUGCAGCACAGUUAAAAUUGCAGAAGUGUGGAAUCAGUACUGCACAAUGCCUGCCACGUCCUGCUGGGAGUUUCCUGUUAUAUGCCCUCAGAAAGAAGCAGCACAAGUGAGGAGAUAACAUGUGUUCAGAGAAUGGCAGGAAGGCACAUUCUGGGCAUCUCAGCAGCAUUACCUGCCCAGGUGCAAUCUAAUUUCAAUCUUGAAAAAGGUGAGUGGCAAAUUCCAAGUCACCAAUUUAUGCAGCUCUAAACUUUCUUAUAUAUUUCAGCAGAGGUUUCCCCACACUCUACCAGUGAAUGUGUAGUUCCCAGUACAGCCUGUUAAAAUUGGAAUCUCUGAGGUGGGUUAGCUAACCCUGUGAUCCCUGUUGGAAAUUUGAUGUAUGCAAAACCAAAGCAGAAGCGCUUUUGUUUGCUGACAAAUAACACUUGCCUUUUUUUUCUUUCCAAUCAACAUCUGGUAGCUUACGUUUGCACCUGGGUAAUGGUUGCCCAAGAGGCUAGAUGACAGGUAUCUUAUUGCCUGUCAUCAAUACCAGCUGCAAGUCUCUCUUGGAAGUACUGUUCUGUAAUAAGUGGUAGGCACAAAACUCAGUUGGAGAGCCAUAAAAAUCCUGUCUGUUUGAGCAGCAAAGUGUUAGGAUUUUGCAAUAACUCCCUUGCUGCUCAAGUGAUAGCAAAUGAGAUUAGUUGGCAAGGGUUGUUUCCUGAACUUCUGUGGUUUUAAAGUGUACUAGUAGAAUUAAUACUGAUACUGAAUAUCAGCAUUAACACAUCCCAAGAGAAAAGCAAAAUUCCUUAUCUGACUAGCUGCAUCUCUUCUAGUGGUGAGAGUGAACAUGACGGGGACCAUGCAGCACUUUCAGAAGGCUGACUUACAGAAUAUCCUAGGAAGAUAACCUGAACGAGGCUGUUUGAAAUCAUUAUGCUUUUCUAGCAACUGUUCUACAAAACAAUGACACUGAUCUCUGUGCCUGUGUGUAUUAUUCAAUAAUGUCAUCAACAGUAUACAUUAUCUAUUUGCUUAACACCCAAUAAAAAAAGCAUGCCAAUCGUG